AUGCCCGAAGCACUCUCUCCAGCCCAAGCGCUCUACAUCGGGAUGGAAGUGGUGAUCGCGCUCUCAUCCGUCAUUGGAAAUGUGAUGGUGGUUUGGGCGGUGAGAAUAAACAAAUCGUUGCGAGAUACCACAUUUUGUUUCAUCGUUUCGCUGGCCCUGGCGGAUAUUGCGGUGGGAGCCCUUGUCAUCCCCCUGGCUAUAACUAUCAGCAUCGGUCUCCAAACUCACUUUUACAGCUGCUUGCUCGUGGCGUGCACGGUGCUCGUGCUGACGCAAAGCUCCAUCCUGGCCCUUCUGGCAAUUGCGAUCGACCGCUAUCUCAGGGUCAAGAUCCCAACCAGCUACAAGCGGGUGGUGACCCCACGGCGGGCAGGGUUGGCAGUGGUUGUGUGCUGGACAGUGGCCUUUGUCGUCGGCCUCACGCCCAUGCUAGGCUGGAACAAUCUGUGGCGCCUCAAGCAGAACGGCUCGAUCAGCUCCGACCUCAUCAUCACCUGCCAAUUUGAGAAUGUCAUCAGCAUGGACUACAUGGUCUACUUCAACUUCUUUGGCUGGGUGCUGCCACCUCUGCUACUCAUGCUGGUCAUCUACGCAGAGAUUUUCUACAUGAUCCACAAGCAGCUGAACAAGAAGGUUACCACUAGCCACACGGACCCCAACAAGUACUAUGACAAGGAGUUGAACCUGGCCAAGUCUCUGGCCCUGGUAUUGUUUCUGUUUGCCAUCAGCUGGCUUCCCCUCCACAUCCUUAAUUGCAUCACCCUCUUCUGCCCUGAGUGUCAGAAGCCAAUGUUCCUCAUCUACAUUGCCAUCCUGCUUACACACGGAAACUCUGCUGUCAACCCCAUCAUCUACGCUUUCCGCAUCAAGAAGUUCCGCACUGCCUUCCAGAAGAUCUGGGAGCAGUACUUCUGCUGCAAGGACACACCAGCGCUGGAGAUGCAGCCCAGCGAGAGGAAAGAGAUCCCCAACCCAGACCUGCAUCAGGCAGCACCACCAUUGCUCCUUCAGAAGGAAAUCCCAAACCCCCAUCCACCACAACACAAGACGCAGAAUCUGAACCCAUCACAACCGUUUAAAGAACAGCCAUCCAUACUGGAGCAGAACACAAUCUAA